CAAGCAAAAGAUGUUGACCAAAGCGGCGAUCAUAUUCGCAUGCCUCUAUACAGUGAGAGCAAGAACUUUCACUAUUAACGCAUAUGAAGAUGAUACCAAUGAAAUAAACAAUCUAUCAGAUGGCCCAGUAGAGAUGUCCGUCGGUAAUUGCAUAAACUCAGAGUGCAACACAUUUUGUCGACGUCGGGGAUUCGCUCGUGGAGUGUGUAUCAGCAAUAACCAGUGUCUGUGUAGCGCGCGUCUUAUGCAGGACGCUAACCUGGACGAUGACAUCACUUUAGCAAAUGGAGAAGCGGUGAACACGAAAGCCCCUGAAAGUUGCGACCUUCGUUGGUGCGAGCAAAAUUGUCGCCGUAUGGGUUUCCCUGGUGGAGUGUGUGUCAACGGCCGCUGCAAAUGUGACAUACGUUACUCUGAUAACAUACCAUCAACAGAAUUAAGUUCUGAAAAUGGAGAAGUGGUGAACACGAAUGCCCCUGAAAGUUGCGACCUUCGUUGGUGCGAGCAAAAUUGUCGCCGUAUGGGUUUCCCUGGGGGAGUGUGUGUCAACGGCCGCUGCAAGUGUGACAUACGUUACUCUGACAACAUACCAUCAACAGAAUUAAGUUCUGCAAAUGGAGAAGCGGUGAACACGAAAGCCCCUGAAAGUUGCGACCUUCGUUGGUGCGAGCAAAAUUGUCGCCGUAUGGGUUUCCCUGGUGGAGUGUGUGUCAACGACCGCUGCAAGUGUGACAUACUUUACUCUGACAACAUACCAUCAACAGAAUUAAGUUCUGAAAAUGGAGAAGUGGUGAACACGAAAGCCCCUGAAAGUUGCGACCUUCGUUGGUGCGAGCAAAAUUGUCGCCGUAUGGGUUUUCCUGGUGGAGUAUGUGUCAAUGGCCGCUGCAAAUGUGACAUACUAUCUCAAUACAAUUCUGGAAAAGACUCUUUGUCUUGUAACGUUGCGUUAGAAGCAGAGUCACUCACAGCAUCCGUCCGAAGCUGCAUAAACUCACAAUGCAACGAUCUCUGCCGCCGCCUAGGAUUUGCCAACGGCGUCUGCAUGAGCGCCACUGAGUGUCGAUGUUCAGGACGCUUGCCCAGAGAUGCUUCUUUUAAUGACGCUGCACCAGACAAUAAUGAAGCGGCGGACACGCCAGCACCUAGAAGUUGCGACCAGCGCUGGUGCGAGCAAAACUGUCGCCGAAUGGGUUCCCGUAGCGGAGUGUGUGUGAAUGACCGAUGCAAGUGUGAUAUACUAUACUCUGACAACUUACCAUCGUCAGAAUUAAAUUCUGAUAAGGACAACUUGUCCGAUGAGAUUGCAUUCGAUACCUCUGUCCGUAGCUGCGUAAACUCAGAAUGCAACGAUCUCUGUCGCCGCCUAGGGUUUGCUCGAGGUGUCUGCAUUAGCUCUACUGAGUGUCGGUGUUCAGGACACUUGCCGAUGGAUGCAAUUCUCAGAAAUGUUGGGCCAGAAAGCACUAAAAGGGAGGACUCAGAAGCAGCUAAAGGUUGCGACCUUCGUUGGUGCGAGCAAAAUUGUCGCCGUAUGGGUUUCCCUGGUGGAGUGUGUGUCAACGGCCGCUGCAAGUGUGACAUACGUUAUUCUGAUAACCCAUCAUCAACUCUGUUCGAAUUCAAUCCAGAUAUUUUCGACGAAGUCAACGAAGAUGUGAAUGCAGACACCGAAUCAGUCUUUAGAGAAGAGAGUAACGAUAUUCUUCAAAAUUAG